GGGUGAACCUUACCUCCCCCCGCGGUUAGUUUUUAAAUCCUCCUCCAUUCACUGGAUUUUAGGUUAAAACGUUAAAAGACUGAAAACUCUCUGUUGCUCUGAAACUUGUCGUAACACGGAGAUAAAUCAAAAAUGACCCUCACGUCAAAGGCCCCAUGUUUCAAAUCCAAGUUCAUCACUGCUGAGCUUGCUCGUCUGUUCAGUCAGUCAGACAGCGAAGACGAAUUUGAGGGUUUCCUCGAAGACGAGGAAGAAGAGGAUGAAGGACGUCGUUACAAACGGCUGAAGACCAAGAUGGUGUAUUCAGAGGAGGACAGCGAUGUGGACACAGGCUUUUACUCUGAUGGCGACGAUGCUCCCCCACCAAAAAGAAGGAGUCUUUUAGUAGCCCUGAGGUUUCCCGUGAAAAGACUGUCGGCUCCCAAACAGGAGGCGAACAAAGACAGUCCUUCUCCGCCGAGAACCAGAGGAAGGCAGAGGAUGAAGCAGAAGCAACACAAAGAUGCAGAGGAGGAACAGCUGGAGGACGAAGAGGAGGACGAAGAGGAGGAGGAGGAAAAAGAGGAGGUCCUGUCUCAGAGUCUUAGAAAACGAGAGAAGAACAUUCAGGAGAACAAGGCCAUGCUGUCUAAACUGUUUGCUGAUUUGACCACCAUGGCUGACCUGACUCUGCCCACCACCCUUCAAAAGAAGAAGAGGCAAGCGACACCACGGAAACGCAAGUUCGAACCAGAGAUGGGGUCAGAAAGGAGGAACCCUUCCCGUAAGGCUCGUCCGCCUGAGAACUUUGGGGUGGAGGAAAAGAGCGCGCCGGUCACCCACAGGAGCCCCAGGACUGUAGACAUCAGGAGACUGGUGGAGGUGGACGAGGAACAUGCUGGAGAGGGUCGGAAAAAAAAGAGGAGCGGUGGUUCAAGGAAGAGUCAGUUUGUGGUGAGGUCAGUGGACGACAUCACAGAGGAAGACCUGGACAACAUAGCAUACCGCAGCAAGGACAAGAUCUGGGACAAAGACCAUGGCAGCUCAUGUCACCAGUGCAGACAGAAGACUCUGGACACCAAGACAGUGUGUCGCAGUGGUUUCUGUGUGGGGGCCAAAGGUCAGUUCUGUGGGCCGUGCUUGAAGAACCGCUACGGAGAGGACGUAAGCACUGUGCUGCUCGACCCGACGUGGUCGUGUCCCCUCUGCCGAGGGAUGUGCAACUGCAGCCUGUGUCGUAAGAAGGAAGGCCGCUGCGCUACCGGCAUCCUGGUGGGAUUGGCUCGCUACAACGGCCACGGCAAUGUCCAUGAGUAUCUGGAGAGUAUUCAGAAAGAGCUGCAGUGAAGUCCAGAGUGAUGAGCAGUGAGGAGAACCAGCUGUGACCUGGAGGAGGCUGUGGUGCUGCACAGUACUGUAGAACCUAUUACAACGCACAUCUGUAGGUUUAGAUCAUCUUACUAGAGAAACGACAGCUAAAAGACAUUUGUUUUUCUCAUGUCACUUUCUAAGGCACAUACACUGUUAAUAUGUUUUAUAAAUGUUUUAUAUAACCUGAGUUAAGGCUGCAUUAGAUGCAGGAGAGAUUUUAUUGUUCUGAAGCCAGUUGUUAGUUUUGAGUUGUACAUGUUCUUUGGAAUGUUUUGACCCUUGAUUUUUAGUUGAGAGGUUAAUUUCUGUUCUGAUCUUAAACAUAGCCUUUUGUACCUGCUAUUUUUCAAAAAGUCGUACAGUUUCCUUGUCAUUCCACUGUACAUUUGAAUAAAGAAUGGCAUUAUCUAACCGAUUUGCCAUGUUUAUGUAACUCUA